AUGUCCGCCUCAACAAACUUCAACUUCCCCUCCCACCCCACCUCCCGCUCUCACGCCCUCCAAAUCGUCCAAGGCACUCGCGCCCUCCAACAACAACAAUCUUCACCUCUCGCCCCCAAGUCUUCCUCCCAAUCCUCUCCUAAAAGAGAUUACGCCGAAUCCACCACCUCAACAUCCAGUUUCUCCAGCCGAACUAGCCUCCUCAAGGACAAAUUCCACUCCACUUUUGGAUCUUCUUCACCGUCUUCAGACAGCAGCAAAAGCAAGAGCAAGAGCAACAGCAAGUCCAUGAGCAGCGGCACGGGAAGCGGAAAGCGGUUUGGCCUGAUUAUGGUCGGGUCAGAUCGUUAA